CUCUUUCUCUCUCUCCCCCCUGCUUUCAAAUUGACUCGACUCCUUCAAACUUUCUCUCUCUAAAAAACUCAUCUUCCUCACACGUCAAACCUCAAAGCUAGCUCUCAUCUUCACGUAAACACUGCUCUAAAACCUCCAUUUUCAUCUUCACGUAAACCUAUUUAUGCAUCUCUUCUUAACUUCUCCAGUUAAUUCAUAUACAGCUUCCAAUGCUUCAAAAAGAAAAAAAGAAAUAGAUUCCGAAAUGUUGUGUUCUUCGCAUUAGAACAAUUUCAGCUCGAUUUUCAGAUCUGCAGCUGAAAAUCUAAACAUUUACACCCUAUGUUCAUAAAUUAGGGUUUAGAAGCUAAUAAUUUAGGCGCGUGCUUUGGUUUUCGUGAAAAUAAUGUGUUUUGUUAGGGUUUAGGGUUUCGGAGUUGUAGAAAUUGUGGAUUUGUGGAGAUGAAUCGUAGCUUUAGGGCGGCUGAAAAGGAAAUGCCGGUACCGGAAAAGCAACGGCAGCAGCAAAUGAUGGGGAGUUUUAGGAGGUCUGUAGUGAAGGAGAAAGAAGAUGAGUUAGGUUUGUUUUUGGAAAUGAGGAAACGAGAUGAACGUGAUCAGUUGCUGUUUGAAGAUGAGUUUGAUUCAUCACUUGGAUCGGUUGAAGGAAGUUCACAUAUGUUUAGUAUGCCCACAGCCAUACCUGCUAGAAAGACCGGUGCUGAUGAGUUUCUCAACUCUGAGAAUGAUAAAAAUGAUUAUGAAUGGCUUUUGACACCUCCUGGCACGCCUCUUUUCCCUUCAUUAGAAAUGGAAUCACAGAAAACGGUCGUGGCUCAAGCAGGAUCACCCAAAGCUCGUCCUACUGCAAUAAGAUCUCGACUAUCAAACAAUCAUCCAGAGGCUACUGGUAGGAAUAAUUUGGUAUCUAGGCAGCAAGUGUCCUCUCCUGGAUUGAAUACUUCAAGUAGCGGACUCCGUAGGCCCUCCUCUUCAGGAGGCCCAGCUUCAAGGCCCGCUACUCCAACCGGGAGGCCUGCUACUCCCACCGGAAGGCCCGCUACUUCCAGCGGAAGGCCUGCUACUUCCACCGGAAGGCCCUCUACUUCCACCGGAAGGCCUGCAUUGGGGUCGUCAACUAGGUCGAUAUCAAACUCAACCAAAACAAUUUCGAACACAUCUAGACCAACUUCUACCGCAACAUCUAGGCUGACUUCUACUCCAUCAUCUAGACUGACUUCUACCGCGACAUCUAGACUGACUUCUACCCCAACAUCUAGACCGACUUCUACCCUAGCAUCAAGACUGACUUCUACUCCAACAUCUAGACCGACAAGAUCCUCAACUCCUACUUCUCGGCCCACCAUGGGUUCAAGUUCAACUAAGCCCACACUACCAGCUAGAUCUUCUACACCUACACCAAGGUCUACUGCAAGGUCUUCAACUCCCACAAGUAGACCGUCUUUACCCGUUACCAGACCCGCAUCACGGGCUGCAACACCAACCCGUAGGCAACCCACACUAACAACCUCAACAAAAACAUCCACUCCUACUGUCACAAAACCAGUAGCAAAUACAACAAGAAGUGGCGGUGCACCACCACCGCCACGGUCUAGUUCUCCUAGUGUAAGACCGAAACCAUGGAAACCUCACGAGAUGCCCGGUUACUCUCUUGACGCACCGCCAAAUUUACGGACUUCAGUUUCUGAUAGGCCCCCUUCGGUUACAAGGGGAAGGCCGGGUGCACCCAGUAGCCGGUCUUCAUCCGUUGAGCCUGUGGCUAAUGGAAGGGUUAGAAGGCAAUCUUGUUCUCCGUCAAGAGGACGGCUGCCUAAUGGUAUGAUUCAUAGUAGUGGAAGCUCGGUUCCUGUUCCUGCGUUGAACCGUGCGUAUGCUAAAGCUAAUGAUAAUCUGAAUCCUGGUUUGUAUGGAACAAAGAUGGUUGAAAGGGUGAUAAACAUGAGGAAACUGGUUCCACCAAAGCAAGAUAAUAAACAUUCGCCGCAUAGUAACUUGUCUGCCAAGUCAUCUCCUGAUAGCUCCGGGUUUGGGAGAUCACUAUCGAAGAAGUCGUUGGAUAUGGCUAUGCGACAUAUGGAUAUAAGGCGAACAAUACCAGGUAACCUGAGGCCAUUGAUGAAUAAUAUUCCAGCGUCAUCAAUGUACAGUGUGAGAACUGGUCCCGCAAGAAGUCGAACCGUCAGUGUUUCAGAUUCUCCUCUUGCCACUAGCAGCAAUGCGAGCUCUGAAAUGAGUGUGAAUAACAAUGGUCUGUGUUUGGAUGGAAACGUAGACGAUGAAAUCAACAGUGAAAGGCGUGUGCUCAACGUCCGUGGUAGGUGAUCCUUAGGUGACUCGUAAACUGAUUUUACUUAAUUUGUAUGUUAAUUAAUCUGUCCAGCAUGCUUAACCCAUGAACGUGAUAAAACCGGUAUCAUCUAAUUUAGUUAUUAGUUUGAAGCAAAGAUUACCUUUUUAACUUA